UUUUACUCUGGGGAAGAAAAGGAAAACAAUGUCGGAAAGAAAACUUGAUGGUCUUACGGCACCAUCAACACUUUCUACUACAAGGCGAUUAUAUUUUUCGUUGAAUCUAGAAAUUUGGUUUUAAGGAAAGUAAGUGAUAAGUUUUUUAAAUUGUUCAUGAAGUAUUAGAUACGCAUUGCAUCUUACGACUACGCGGCUAUGACCCAUUUGGAUCCAGCACUACAAUGAAUCUACAAUCCUUAUUUCAGGACUUCAAUCCUAGCAAAUUUAUUGUGCACUGCUGUUUGUUUACAUUUACGAUUCUGUUUUGUCUACGACUCGAUGAGUACUUGGAUUGGCCGUACUGGGUAAUAUUCAUCCCACUAUGGAUUUGGAAAUCUAUUGCCACGAUGGGAGCGAUUGUUGGGGCGGUGGUUUGGUGUCGCUAUCCUCACUACAGGGUCGAAGGAGAUUCAUACUCUCACUUCAAGGCAAUGCUUAUAUCGCUCUCGUUACAUCUGAUCUUAGUGAUGUUCGAACUGUUGGCCUGUGAUCGGUUGACAUCGGGAAGGCAUCUGUGGGUGCUGGUAUUUAUUCCACUUAUUUUUGGCAGCGUGGCCAGCGUGGGAGCCUGCGUUUGGGCUGUUAAACAUGAUCGAUCUUUCGAGUUGGAACUGUUCUGUGCAGUGAAUGCGCUUCAGUUUGUAUUUCUGCCGCUCAAGCUGGACGGCUUCGUUUCGUGGAGCUGGGAAGUGGUGUUUGUUCCGCUGUGGAUUGUCCUCUGUCUCAGUUUGGUGGCAGUGUUGUAUAGCAUAAUUUUUUGUGGAAUCCUACUGCGGACGCCAGAAGUUUCGACGCAACAAAAGAAAUCAGCUAUAAAUUCGGCGAUCGGAAAUUGUGCCACCGUGCUUCCAAUCCUAGUAUUCCAAGUGCUACUGGCAGACAAAUUGGAUGGAGACCUGGAUUGGCCUUUCAUUGCCGUUACUGGGCCACUGUUAUUGGCUCUUUUUGUGCUGAUAAUACUGAGCUUUAAUGCUAAAGGAGGAAACAAGUGGUGGUUUGGCAUACGAAAAAAUUUCUGUCAGUUCCUACUGGGUGUAUUGCCUUGUCUGCAAGAAUAUGGUAACAUAUCUUAUCACACAGAAAGCGCCGGACAAAAUGUUCCUCUGGACACAACCGUGCAAAUGGAUGAGUUCGAAAAAUACGACAAGAAGAGCAGGAAAGCUCUCAGUAAAAAGAAUGACCACCUUAAACCCGUAGUGCCCAUCAUCAGCAUCGACUUGCCGGAUUAAAACCGGCUACAUCAAAAGGCAAUCAUCCUCCAUUGUCCUGGCGUAUCACAAACUAAACCACAAAAGAAAAAAAACAGCGUCUUAUAAUUGUUAAACUCAUUUGAAUUCAGACCUAUCGUUCUUACCCAAGAGAAGAUCCUCUGACGAACCUUUCUGCAAUGAAGAAUUCUCCUGGCUUUAUCAAGGAAUGUACGUGCAUACAAAAUAGGCUAUUGAUUAUCUAUUUAUUCAACAGAUUAAUUGAAAUUAUUUGUAUAGGUUUAUAUGAAAAAUAUAGGAAAUUGUCGAAUUCUUACCCGUAGUGAGUUGCUCUCGUAGAUUUAUUGUUGUUAUUGCAGAUGUCGCCAACUGCCAAAAACAAACAAAA